UUUGAUUGCAUGGAGGUCCAAGGGAAUGUUAGUUCAUCAGAAAUUAUUUCUGGAAUAAACCUGACCUCCUGGACACAAAAUGGAGUUUUGAAAAGUGGAAGGCAGCAGAACAUCUCGGGUGUGUGGAGUGUACAAGGACCUGUAGAACUAAAGGGUCCAGUAUCAGGUAGAGGCAGACUGGCUGAUGUAGACUUGCAACAACUUACUGACAACAUCACUUCUAGCCUACUGGACAUUCAUGCUGAGAUGAAGAGUAACCUCACUGGGGCCUGUGAUGAGGCUAAUGCUCAGCUAGCCUCUGCCAGGGGUCAGCAUUGCAAGCUUCUUUAUCUGGACACCACUCAGACCUUCUCAGUGCCCUCUGGCCCUUCCCUAGUCACUCACUUUAAGAGUGGAGAUGAGGAUUACCUCGCUGUCAGUGAGAAGAGUUGCACUACAACCAUAUACAAGUGGAACAGAAACACCGGUACAUUUGUGACUCUCAACAGAGAAAUGUUUGGCCAUUCGCUGAAAAGCUUUAUCAUCUUGAACUAUGAACAAAUAACUUACGUCCUGACUGAGUCUUCUGAAAUCUCUGCGGACUGUAACCACCCUGGGCUAAACCUUUGGAUCUUUAUGAGAGAUCACUUUAAGCAUGUUACCAAUGUCAACUUCUUCUCCGGAGAUCUCUUCCAGGGAGAAGGAAACACACUUUACAUUGCCAACUCUGUUGGAAUGUUCAAGUACGAGAUGCAUUUUGAUAAUACAGAAGGAAAAGCAUAUUUUACCUCGUCUCCCCAUCGUUGGAAUAUCACAGCAGAUGUACCCAAGGCAUGGGCAGGUGCUGUACAUUACCAGUGGCUGUCUGGUGUGUAUGAGUUCAGCAACUGUAGUGGACAAGUGAUCAGCAUAUCUGCUGACCCAGCCAGUCAGUUUGUAGCUAUGGCCUCCACCGAGCCUGCUGAAGUACCCAGGCAUGCUGAUUAUAUCAAGGUGUAUCGCCAAGGCGGCCGAUUGUUUGACAAGUUGCCAGCCCUGAGAGUCGCUCAGCUCCAGUGGUUGUCAGUGCCUGGACAGACCUGGCUGAUGGCUCUACAGAAUCACUCCACUCUCAAUCUGUAUCAGCUUCAAGGGCCACUACUCGGGUUUCAGCCACAGAUGUCUAUGCAGACAGAUGCGAAGAUUGUGACAAGCGUUGCUUUACCUCUAGCUUCUAAAGUUAACUUGCAGCCAUACAUACUCAUCCAGUCUCUAGCCUAUGUCAGAGUUGUCAGGGCUUUUAUACAAGCUCUGUUUAGGUGUGAGUCUAACCGGCCGACGACAUACACAGCUGAUGGUCACCAGGGCUGUCUUGACGGAGCGAUCGUGAGAGUACCAUGGUGCGUGGAAUGCAUCUUGACAAGUCAACAAGCUCUGAACAGUAUUAGAGGUUGGAUAAAAUCGUAUGUCUAGCGAUAACUCUAAUAUUUCGACUGAGCAAAGACGAUGGAUCUGGUGUUUUUUGUGUCAUUGUCAUUAUGGUCAACAAUA